ACGAGAACCCUAGCUCCAUCGAAACCGAACCGCUCCGACGUCGCCUCCUCCGCCCCUGGUUUUCUUCUCCCCCACAUCUCGCCCCGCCCCGCCCACGAUUUCUUCCGCCGAUUCCGUGGCGGCCGAUUCAAAGACAAAAAAAACCGCGCGGGAGCUAGCGCUAGCGGGAUGGCGGCGACCCCGGCGGAGGCCGAGCCGGAGGUGCCGUCCGCGGAGGAGGAGGACGAGGGCGAGGAGGCCGCCGCCGAGGGCCCGGAGGAGAUCGUGCCGAUCGGGGCGCAGAAGCACGACCCGGCGUGGAAGCACUGCCUCAUGGUGCGGUCGGCGGGGCGGGUGCGCCUCAAGUGCGCCUACUGCGGCAAGCACUUCCUCGGCGGCGGCAUCCACCGCUUCAAGGAGCACCUCGCGCGCCGCCCCGGGAACGCCUGCUGCUGCCCCACCGUCCCCGCCGACGUCCAGGCCGUCAUGCACCGCAGCCUCGACGAGGUCGCCGCCAAGAAGAUGCGCAAGAGGUCACUCGCCGCCGCCAUGCCGCUGUCGUACACCACCGCGCCUUCCCCCUCCAACGGCGAUGUGGCCAGCCCCAUCCACAUGGUCCCGCUCAACCAGGUGCUCGACCCGCGCGCCGCGCCGCAGCUCGGGGAGACCCCGCCGUCCGAGAUGGGGUGGAGUGCUGAUACUGCUACUGCUACCAAAAGGAGGAAGAAGGCGCUGGCCGUCAGGCGCGCCCCGGCUACUCCUCCUCUCGCUCCUCAGUUCCAGCAGCAGCCUGCUCCUCAGACGCACCAGACUGGCAUGGUGGCGCUCGACGCAGAUGCGGCUGGCUCGGACAAGGACAAGGCGUGCAUGGCAGUCGGGAGGUUCUUGUACGACGCGGGCGUGCCACUGGAGACAGUGAAUUCCGUGCACUUCCAGCCGAUGAUCGACGCCAUCACGGCAUCAGCAAAAGGGGGGCCUGAGGCGCUCUCGUACCAUGACUUGCGCGGCUCCAUUCUGAAGAAGUCGCUGGACGAAGUGACGGCUCAGCUCGAGUUCUACAAGGGGUCAUGGACCCGGACGGGGUGCUCUGUGCUGGCCGAUGAGUGGACGACUGACAAGGGCAGAACCCUGAUGAACUUUUCGGUGUACUGCCCGGAAGGCACCAUGUUUCUGAAAUCCGUCGAUGCAACAGAAACGGUCACGUCAUCAGACACGCUGUAUGAGCUGCUGAAGAGUGUUGUUGAGGAGGUCGGAGAGGUAAAUGUUGUCCAAGUGAUCACAAAGAACUCCGAGGUUUAUGCAGCGGCAGGGAAAAUGCUAGGCGAGACAUUUCCUACAUUGUUCUGGUCUCCAUGCUCUUUCCUGUGCAUCGAUGGGAUGCUCGAGGAUUUCAGCAAGGUGAAGGCAGUUAGCGAUAUCAUAGGCCAUGCGAAGGCCAUCACGGGGUUUAUCUACAACAAUGCAGUUGCGUUGAGUUUGAUGAAGAAAUAUCUGCAUGGGAAGGAUCUGAUAGUUCCUGCAGAGACCCGUGCUGCUAUGAACUUUGCGACACUGAAAAACAUGUACAGUCUGAAGGAGGAUCUGCAAGCCAUGGUCAAUUCAGAUGAGUGGAUUUACAGCCUCUGCGUGCUGCCAAAGAAUCCUGGAGGGGUAGAGACGAGCAAUACUGUUAAUAAUUUGCAAGUUUGGUCUUCUUGGGCUGUAGUCGUUCGUGCCACUGAACCACUUGUGCAUCUUCUUAAGCUAGUCGACAGCAACAAGAGGCCUGCUAUGGGGUAUGUUUAUGCUGGAUUAUACCAAGCCAAAGCUGCAAUCAAGAAAGAGCUGGUAAGGAAGAGCGACUACAUGCCUUAUUGGAAUAUUAUUGACCAGAGAUGGGACAAGCAAAUGCCACGGCCACUUCAUUCAGCGGGUUUCUUCCUAAAUCCACUCUUUUUUGAUGGGAUUCGAGGUGAUAUCUCGAAUCAGAUUUUCUCAGGAAUGCUAGACUGCAUAGAAAGGCUGGUGUCCGAUGUCAAAAUCCAAGAUAAAAUUCAGAAGGAGCUCAAUAUGUAUCGGAAAGACGCAGUAGGUGAUUUUCGUAGGCAAAUAGCUAUCCGAGCCCGGCGUACUUUACCCCCUGCUGAAUGGUGGUAUACAUAUGGCGGAGCUUGUCCGAAUUUAACACGUUUAGCAGUACGUAUCCUCAGUCAAACCUGCAGUGCUAAAGGGUGUGAUCGGACACAUAUUCCUUUUGAACAAAUCCAUGACCAAAGAAUGAAUAACUUUGAAUGUCAACGAAUGCGUCAUCUUACCUUUGUUCAGUGCAACCUACGGCUACAACACAGGCAACAAUAUAAGGCGAAGGCAUUUGAUCCUAUCUCAGUAGACAACAUAGACAUAGUUGAUGACUGGUUAGUGGAUAGAUCUGCACUGUCUUCGGGACCGACUGAGCAGCGUAACUGGAUGGACAUUAAUCAACCAUUCAACUGGGUCGAGACAGCAGGACUGGGUGAUGAAUUUGAGUCCUUCAUUGAAGGAGUUGCUGAUGAAAUGGUCCAAGGUGCUUCUCAAGGAACCCAGGAUGAUGACGACGAUGAUGAUGAUGACAACUCCAAGGAUGAACCAUGCCUAUAGGUGAACAAGUUGGUUCUUGGAUAACCUGUAAAUGGAUGGCCCAUGGACGAGACCUAGCUUUGCCUGGUACAACCUUCCAAGUAGGACUUAUUCAAGAGGAAAAAGGUUUUUUCCAAGUAGCAAAAUGGAUAUGUACAUUUAUGGUUGUGUAAUUUAGAAUGUAAUGUAUACUUCGAUGUUGACAUACUUAGAGUUUUGCAAUCUUAAAUAUCUUCCCUGGCC